GAUUCUGAAGAUUUAAAAAAGUUUUUAAAAGCACAGCAAUUAAUGUACAGUACUCAUUCGUAAUAAGGAUCGCUAAAAGAGAAAUAAAUAUGAAUCGGAUAUUCAAAGUCUCGAAUAUUUGUACUACAUUGGCUUCGACGUCACGCGGAAACGCAAGAAAGUGGACUAAAAUACUUUCCACUGUUUUUGUUGCGAAAGUGGGCGAUUUUCGAAUGCGAAAGACAUUUUGGAGCUUUUCGGAGUUAUUUCUCGAGUUUAUUUGCGUUGGAUAUAAAGAUUUCGAUAUGGAGAGAUUUGUGGAAGAUGCACAGAUAAGUGCGGAUGUGGAUAGAAAUCUGAAUGACGAGGACGAUUUCUUCAGUUUUGACUUGGAAAAUUACCAAGAAACAGAUUAUUGGGAAAUUGUUCUCGAUCUUGCCGAGGAUUGUUUCGGCUAUGGCGAUUCUAAUUCGCAACAAGUUGAUGUUUGCUUUCGUUGCGACGAAUGCGAGAAUCUUCGGGUAUCGUGUGAUGGGAAAGUUGAGCUGGAAGCUGUUGGCGAUUGUCUGGACAGGUAAGAUUCUUAUAUUUAUUUAAUACGUAUCUAAUAGGUAACAUGUAAUAUUUUAAUCUCAUUUUCUGUAUUGUUUAUAUAAAGCUAGAGUCGUGCGAGGAGCAAUUUGAUCCCGAUAAUGAUGAUCGGGAUGAUUUCUUUGAUUGUGACUUGGAAAGUUACCAAGAAACAAACUAUUCGGAUAUUGUUCUCGAUCUUUCCGAGGAUUGUUUCGGCUACUCUAAUUCUCAUUGGCGACAAGUCGAUAAAAACGAAUGUGAGAAUCAUCAUCAGAAAGUCGAGCUGGAAGCUGUUAGCCAUUGUCUCGACAGGUAAGAAUUUUAUGUUUAUUUAAUACGUAUUUUUAUAUGAUUUUCUGCGUUCUUUCUAUAUUAUAGAAAUGAAAUACUUUUAAUAAUAUAUUACAGAAAAACAAAGAUUAUUAUUUAUUAUUGAAAUUAAUAUUUUAAUAGUUUUCGAUUAAUUUGAAUUUUUCAUUUUGAUACAACAGGGUAGCCGAGGAUAUGACA